AUGCGAACCAAUCAUGCUACAGCAGAAUUAGACAAUGUUAAUCGGCAACUUCAAUUAAUAGUCGAACUGAUUGUACCUGUGAAACAAGCCAAACGUAACUUAUGGCGUCUGGUAAUCAAUGGAGAAUCUAAGAAUUCACUUACCGCCUCUGUGUUUGGUUAUUGUGAUAUUUAUAAUGAUUUAUAUUCAACGAUAACUUCAGGACCAAAUGACAAUUUAGUUGGCUAUUUUGUCCAGUUGGACCGACUGAAUGAUGCUAUUAUGUAUUUUAAACGCAUAGCUGUCGUCGAUGAGCAAAAACGUUUAAUCGCUUUAUAUGGUAUUGGACUACAAAAACUUAUCGAAGCAUGUGACGAAGUUAUCAUGCGAUAUACUAAAUCAAUAUUACCCGAUGAAUUGCUUGAAUUAUGCCGGUCAACAUCAUUAAUAUCAAUGAAUACUGAAAACAUGCAAACUGAACACCUACAACGAAAUUGUACGCGACGUGCAUCGGUCUAUAUGACCAGCAUUCGUUCUCAUGCAUCUUCACGUCGAGCUUCAUACUGUUCGGACUUAUUACGAGGAAAACUCAAAACAACAAUCCAUGGAAUAGGAAAUCGUUUUGCGCGUUCACCUGUGUUCGAUGGUAAAAGCUCUCCAUCGAAAAAUACCUUAGCGUUACCGGAAAUGGGAGCAUACAAUGAUCAUGCUGACAAUAAUUUAUCGUCAUCAGGACGUUUUAGCAGUGAUCUGGAAACAAACAAUUAUAAGUUUUUACUCGAUGCUUUUGUUAUACUUCUAUCACGCGAUUUGGACUUGCUUUUCUAUACUUUUUCAAAUGAAUUAAAAUCAUUAGUCUUCAUCAAAUUAGCCGAAUUACCACUGGCAUAUAUUCACGAAGAGGCACAAGAGUUAUGUAAAGCUAUCGAGCAAUUACCGCAUAAAAUCGACAGCGGAAAAUUUGCUUUUUACGGUCUUCUAUCAAUUAUUCAAUGGUUUCGUAAAUCUAAAGCUGUUUUUAUCAAACUCUACCAACUGAAUGAAUGUGAUCGAAAUAAAUUGAAAGCAAGUUUUUCAACGGUGAAUACAGCUAUCGAUACUCUUCGUCAACAAAAUCAAGAAUAUAUUAUCGAUGAUGUUCAGUUACGUAAUCAUCUGCGAACUGAAAGUAAAAAAAAUGUUUUGGACAUGUUCAAAACAUAUUAUACAAAAUUUGCACACAAAAAUUUUUCACAAAAACCAGAAAAUACUGGUCCAAAUGGAUUUACAGUAAAUUCAAUUAACGAUCUCAGUGGGCUUAAAGUAGAUGGACUAAUUGGUAUGGAUAUUCUAGCUCAUUUCGAUAUUCGAUUUACUCGAAAUCAAAUAACUUUUUCUGAUAUACCUAUCUUGCAUGCAGAUACAGCAAUCAAAUUACCUAUUAUAGAAACUAUGAUGGGCGUACCGAUUAUAAAAUUGAAUAUCGGACAGGAAGAUCAAAGAGUUUUUUUCGAUACUGGUGCAAAGCUGUCUUAUUUGAGCGACGAACUUCUUGUCGGUAAUUCAUUUGGUGAGAUGGACGAUUUUUAUCCUACGAUAGGCACUUAUAAAACAAAUGUUUAUAAAAUCGAUGUCGACAUCAAUGGAAAAGUAGAAACAUUGACAUUUGGUUCAUUACCAGCAUCACUUAAAAUGUUAUUAGUGUUGGGUCAAGCCAAAGGAAUCAUUGGAAGUGAAUUAUUGAAUAAAUAUUCUAUAAUUCUUUCUAAUUCGAGCAGGAUCUUGCUGCUGGAACCGUCUAAUAAAGAAGAACCAUUCGAUCAGCAUCAGAAUUCAAAUAGUGGAAAUUCCCAAUCUAAAAACAAAUCAAUUUUAGUACCAGAACUAAGUUUAGACUAA